ACUUGCUAAUAUAAUGAUACUGGGUAACUGAAGCAUCGCGGCCCUCACAGGAUGCGCGAUCACCGAUGCGAUCGGUUAUGGCGACCGAGCACCAUACAUAUACCUAUGUAUGCAGUAAAUACAGUCCGGAGAUGAUGGACAAGAUAAACAGAAAGCGAUCAACACAUCUUGCUAUUGCCGUCUCUGUCUCGCGCAGGGCGGCGGGAGGGGCCGCCGCGCUGGGAGGCGCGGUGGAGAUGGUUAUUUUUUUGUAUCUUGUCAAUGAAGGGACGGGUAGGGGCGGCGCCGGCGCGGGCGCAGGACUCAGUCCGCGGCUGCAGUCUCGCUGCGCUUAUCACACGCACAUGUUUGUUCGGAACGCGCGAAACGAUCCUCCAACUUACGCAUUAUGAACUACGAAAGUUGUGAAAAUGCAACAGUGCCUAUAAAACGCGAGGAAGAUCUCGAGUACCCGGAAGAUGACGACCACUACUACGGUUACGUGCCAGUAGAAAUUGAGAGACACACGGAGGUUGCGGGAUUCGCACCUUCCUCGCCGACGCAUCUCAUGGACCUCAGCAAUGGCUCCGAGCGGCCUAUGCAACAGCACCAUUGGCCUUCAAACGUCGUGUUUGAUGGAGAAGACAGAGACUACCAACAAGCGCCUUAUACAAACUUUGAACAAGAAUUCAUUGAUCAGCGGCAAAGACAAAUACCCAGAAGCUACUAUUUUGAUGAUUCCAAUUCUCAAGAUAGGGACCGGAGCUUUAACGAAUCAGCUGAAAUGCCAAAGAUGGGUGAUGUUGUUUACCGAGGGUCAGACGACCGAAGAGAUGAAACAGAAGAACAAAGAAGAUCGAGGUCGAAAAGAUGGAAGUCUUCAACUCGGAAGAAGACGCAAUCUUUCGAAGAGAUGCAGAUACAGCGCUUGAUGGCUAACGUGAGGGAGCGACAGAGGACACAGAGCUUGAACGAAGCGUUCGCGAGCUUGCGACAGAUCAUACCGUCGUUGCCGAGCGACAAGUUGUCGAAGAUACAAACUCUGCAGCUGGCGACUCAGUACAUAGAAUUCUUGUAUCAAAUCCUGUCGAACAGCGACUCGGCGGGCAGCAGCGACGCCAGCAGCGACGCGGACAGCGAGCACGGCAAGUACCUCGCGCAGGACAAGCUCAGCUACGCCUUCUCCGUCUGGAGGAUGGAGGGAGAGUGGAACGGACAAACGUGAUCAAUGUUCUGUUAGUGACGUUAUCGCCUAGUGAAAACGAAAAGACGCUUAUCUUAUUCCAUACUGUUACGAUUGAUUAUG